AUGGCCGAGGCAGAGGUGGCCUCCCUGAACCGCAGGAUCCAGCUGGUGGAGGAGGAGUUGGACCGCGCCCAGGAGCGACUGGCUACAGCCCUGCAGAAGCUGGAGGAAGCGGAGAAAGCAGCAGACGAGAGCGAGAGGGGGAUGAAGGUGAUCGAGAACAGAGCCCUGAAGGACGAGGAGAAGAUGGAGCUGCAGGAGAUCCAGCUGAAGGAGGCCAAACACAUCGCAGAGGAGGCGGACCGCAAGUAUGAGGAGGUGGCCCGUAAACUGGUGAUUGUGGAGGGAGAGCUGGAGCGCACAGAGGAGCGAGCAGAGCUGGCAGAGGCGAAGUGUGCUGAGCUGGAGGAGGAGCUGAAAAACGUCACCAACAACCUCAAGUCGCUGGAGGCGCAGGCAGAGAAGUACUCGCAGAAAGAGGACAAGUAUGAAGAGGAGAUAAAGAUCCUGACCGACAAGCUGAAAGAGGCGGAGACACGAGCAGAGUUUGCUGAGAGGUCUGUGGCCAAACUGGAGAAGACCAUAGACGAUCUAGAAGACGAGCUUUAUGCUCAGAAGCUCAAGUACAAAGCCAUCAGCGAGGAGCUGGACCACGCCCUCAACGACAUGACCUCUAUCUAA